AUGCGUGCUGAAGUGUCUGUUCAUUCCACGCAAGAACGUGAGCGGAUUCAGGAAAUUCGGGAAAGUCAGUCAGUCGAACAGCGUGUGGCCCAAAUUGAUCUAGACCGUAUACGUCGCAAUCUUCGCAAUUCAUCCUCAUCUGAUAUUGAGUCUAUGGUUUAUGAUCUUAAAGAGCAACCGUGGUUCAAUAAAAAAAGGAGCGCGUUUUCCUAUAAUCCAUUUAUUAAUUACAUCGAACACGGAGACAUUGACACCAUGUCUAAGGUGGUAGAGUACGAGGCUGAUGAAGAUGGAUUCAAGCCAAGGAUCUCGAUUAUACCAGCCGACACUGCAUCUAGCUGCGCAGGUGAUAUGAAUAACGCUGUACGCUACAGUGUAGUACCUAUUACAGAAUCAAAAGAUAAAGAGAAAGAACGCCUUAAGUUUAUCAGAGCAGUAUCACACACGAAAAACAAAAUGUUAGAUGCGGAAACUGAUUUACAAAGGCCGAUAAAAACUAUGGACGUUAAUAAUGUAGAAGCUUUGCAGCGGAAUAUGGCACAACCUCUUGCGCAGCUUAAUGCAGCAAUAGGGUCACUCGUGAAAGCCACAACGCGUCAGUGA